AUGGAAGAAGAUGUUUUAAACGCUUUACAAACUCGCACGGCCUAUUUACCCGGUAGUUUUGAUCGUGAUGGCAAAAUAAUUUUCAUUGUCAGUCUAAUCAAUGAACUGCAGAGUUGGCAGCGUAAAUGUUUGGAAUUAUCUAUAACGUAUUUAAAACGUUCAUUAAGUGAUGUCAUUUUACAAAAGGGUGUGACCAUUAUAGUGGAUGCCCAAAAGACCACGGCUCGUAUAAAUCGUCAUCAUGCACGAUUUAUUUAUAAUUUAUUUGAAGGUCUAACAGUCAAUCUAUAUCUAGUCAAAUCGGAAGGAUUUUGGGAAAAACAUGUGGAAACCUGUACAAAGUCACAGACAAAAGGAGAGCCCAUUGUUUUAUCUAGAUCUCGUUUAAUGAAAUAUUUCGAUUUAACCAGUUUACCGGAAGAAUUAGGUGGCCAACUACAGUACAAUUAUGAUUUAUGGUUGCAGCAAAGAAAGUCCAUUGAUGAGUUUGUUAAAAUUUACGACAAUUGUUUAGCAGCCAUGGAAAGUUUACAAAAAUUAUUGCAGUGUAAUAAAUCAAUACGAGCAACGGAAGCGGAUGCAGAGCUAAAGAAAUACUCACAAAUGCAUGCUACGGUGCAGUGUAGUAUUGAAACUGUCAUAGAAAUGGGUAAUCGUAUCUUAACACGUUUCAAUGAAGUCUAUUCCCCAACCCCGCCCGUAAACAAUAGCAAAAAUCAUUUCAAUGCAACCGCAGCCAAAACCAAUGCAACAACAACAACGGCAAUUAAUGACCAUGAUGUUCAUACACCUGUUGCAACCGCAAAUGGUUGGAUUAAACGAACUUUACCGCCAGAUUUGAAUUGUGAACGGGCACGUAUUGAGAUGCGUUUAAAUGAAAUUGAGAAACGACAAACUGAUUUACGCACAGCCUGGUUGGAACUUAUACAGACCGUGAGAGAGGCUAGAGAAUUGGCUAACUUGGAAGAAGGGGUGGCCUUUGUAACAAAUUGGAUUUUGAAUACCGCAGAACAAAUGUUGAAUCGUCAAACCGCCAUUGGGUGUGACGUUAAGGCCUGUGAAAAUUUGCGUUCGGCCCAUGACAAAUUCGAAUUGGAAUGUCGUGAAACUUAUGGGUUCUAUGCGGAGCUGUUGUAUAAAAUAGAAUCGUAUAUAGGUUCAAAAGAUUCACCAGCUUAUCGUGACCUGUUGUCGCAAAAAGAAUUCAUGCAGUUUGUUUGUCGUUCGUUUGCAACGCGUCUGGAGAGAAGACGUAACAUAUUAAUUACUUCAUUGAGGUUUUAUCGGCUGGUAACUGAAUAUUUCGAUAAAACCACAGAAGUAUUUGAGUCACUAGUCAUGGGUGGUAGUGGUGGUAAGAUGGAAGACUUUACAAAAGCAUCUGGCACAUUGCAAAAACUAAAAAGCAGUCAACUAAGUUUGGCCUCCAUUGAACGUGAACUAAUAAAGGAGGGUGAAAAACUCAGCGACAUACUGUCAAUGCCCGUUAAAGAUGCUCUUGGCCGUGACCUACACAUCGACUAUAGCGAUGAUAUUUGUAGUGUGCGCGAAAUUUUAGAUACAACGCUGGCGCGCCGCAAAAUCUUUAGCGAUAGUGUGGAAUUGCAAAAACUCACCUUGGAACAGGUGACACACAUUUAUACGUAUGAACAGGAUGCCUGUAUGGCGAUCAAAUGGUUGGAUGAUUUGUACAAUGUCAUGAUCAAGUGCCAUUCGCAUGUAGGUUGUAAUAUACACGAAAUACAGGUGCAAAAGGAUGAAUUGCAAACAUUUCAAGAAACUGGAAAGAGUAUCUUCAACUAUGGUUGUCAAUUGCUGGAGGCAUCGCAAACCCUGCGCAGCACCUGCAAGCUAGAGGUAACAGAAGCUUUGCUAAUGCAACAACAAUUGGAAAAAACUUGGCAUAGUCUACAGGCUAUAAGUCAAGAGCAUAUGACACGUUUACGCGUCUCAGCGGUAUUUCAUCGCAGUGUUGAAGACUAUUGCCAACAAUUAAUCGAACUUAGAAGAUGUCUGCGCAGCAUGUUGCAACAACAGCAGGCCCAGCUAAGGCAACAGCAACGCAGCAGUAGUAGUGGCAUAAGUAGUGAAUCGGAAUUUCAAACACAAUCUCCUUCAUCAUCAGCAGCAUCUACGAAUGUUGAUCAGGCAAGAACGACUUCACGUUCCAUACAACAGCAACAACAGCAAAGACAACAUUUGCAGCAGACACAACAACAACACAGUUCUUUAGUUGAUGGUGGUGAUCAUAAUGCCGAAGCUGCUGUUGCCGCUGAAAAGUCAUUAAAUGAACAACGUGAAUUGUUGCGCAAGUAUUUAAUGGAACGUGAAAAACUUUUGGUAGAAGUAGGUCGCAUGGUACGUUUGGGAAGGUUACUGAAAACACGUUUAAAAGAACCUUUCGUCUUGGAUGCUGCCACAGGCAAGAGCAUUGUGGUAGAGGAUAUACCUUCCGAGAUUACAACACCCAGUCCUACAGUGGACAGCACUAUAUCGGGUAGCAGCAAUGCCAGCACUUUGGAUUCAGCUGCUGUCAAUCAAAUGCAGGAUCCUAGCAAAAUUAUUGUCAAUCCCAUAGACAAUAAUGGUUUGGCUUGUAAUGCUAUUAAUAAUAAACUGAAUGAUAUUGCUGAAGUGGCCGAAUCUUUGGAUGCUGUCAUUCGCGAUGUUCAAGAGAAUGUUCAGACUGUAGAGGUUGAAUCGAAUCCCAGUCCAAGUGAUAAGAAACUGGGUACGUUGAGGAGUACAAGUAGUGAGGACUGGCACUCUCGUUCCACUGAAGACGAUUCCUUUGCCACAGCUUCUGAAGGCAAUUUUACUCUCCACUCCUCCUCAUCCUUUCAAACGGCAUCUGGCAGAACAUCCUCCUUUAUAAGUUGUGAUAAAAACUCCUUCGAUGCCAGUGAAGCAGAUGACUCAACCUAUGCCUUUGAAAUGCCGGAAUUAACCUCCCCUCUUAACAUGUCAUUUGAAGGAUCGGAACAAAGUUAUCUCUCAGCACAACAGCUUAAUAAUGAACAAGACAAAGAGCGAACACCCACUAAAUUAUCAGAGAGUGGUAGUCAAAAUACGCAUAAUCUAGAAGAUGAUCAGAGUAGUAUAGCCGAUGUAGAGGAGUUGCAUAGUGAAAGUGUAACACCUACACCAGAACAACACUAUGAUGGUUAUCAUGUGGAUAGUAUACCGGUGGAAUCAGAAACUGAACUGGAAGUAGCGGGCAUAGUUAAUGCACCCUCUUUGGACAUUAUAACGGAACACACAUUAAUGCCCAUGUCUAAAACACCCGAGGUGAGCCCUACAACCUCAACAAAUGUUUGUUCGAAUCAAAACCCAUUAACAAGCACACAAAUAAGUGUGAAUGAGGCUCCGGAUUCGAAUGAUCAACAAGAGCAAGAAAAUACUAACAACAACAAUAAUAAUAAUAAACCAAAUGCAGCAUGGCGGCGCAGUAAAUAUUAUGAGAAUAUAACCAAGCAAACCAUUAAGGGAUUUUUAUAAAUCUUUGAAAUUUUUUUUGGAAUUUUUUAAGAAAUUUUAAUUUUAAAGUUUUUUUGUUUUGGCAAACAUUAACCCUGAACUUGAGGUCAUUUCACAAAAUUGCUUUUUGUUUAUAUAUCUUUUGUUUUUGUUUUUUUUUUCAUUAUUUAUUUUUACUAAUUUUUAUUGGAUUUAUGCCUGCUAGUUUUUAAUUUAAUAGAAUUUUUUGCUUUGUGCGUGUGAUUUUUCUGAAGCGUGUUGGCGUCAUUUUUAUAAAAUUUUAAAAUUCUUUGUUAUUUUAGUUUUUAUUUUUAUCGAAUUUUAUUUUUUUUUGUUUUAGUAAUUUAUUAUAAUUUAUUAAUAACUGUGCUUGUGUGUUUGUUUUAAAUUUAUUCUAACAAAUUAUAAAUAAUGAGAAUUCCAAAUAUUGUGUAUGAUGGGCUAUAAGUCUUUUUGUUGAAGCCUAUAAUCAAAGAAUAAACAAGAAGUGAAACGCUGUCAUUUUUUUACAACAAUAACAUUACGCUCUUCUCACAGACGAGUGCUGUGUAAAUCCAACACAUAUGUAA